UUAUUUGUGAAUGAUAGCUUUUCGUUUUCGUGUAGGUCGAUUCUUUUUGUACAAGUCACUGUUUGCGCUCGCUCUGCUGUAUGCAACUCUUUAUCAUUAUUGAAGCUGUAAAGCGCAUGAAAUCGGCUAUAGCUUAAAAAAUGUAUUUCAUAGUUACUUAUUUUUUAGACAUUUUAAUAGAAUUCGAGUAAUGAAAUUUUUUAUUUACCAAUAACUGUUUCUAGCGUUUGUAAGAGUAUAGAAACAAUUUUUAACAAGAAGGCAUAAUACAUAAAAUAUUUAUAUAGUUGCUAUCCAAACAUUGAUUGGCUCAUCAUUAUUUAUUUGCAUUCACAAUCUAGUACUUAAUAAGGAAUAUUUAAAUUUUAGACUUCGCGUUUUUCUUCAUCACAUGAUUAUCGUGUAUGUUCAUACGCUCUUUAUGAAACUAGUUAUCCAAUUGACGGUGUUGAACGUACGAAAGAAAAGCUGUUAGUAAAAGAAAUAGUUUCGCCAAUCGUCGAUAUAAGUGUUUGAUCAGCUGUUUUUGUUACAAACUGAUAUAUUAAUCUGCAUAUGUCUCAUUUACAUAGCAUCAAUGGUGAUGCAAUGUAAGUGUGAUACCCUCAAAGACGUUCGAGAGUAUGACUUGGCUACUUUUUGUACUUCCAAGCCAACAUCACAAUUUCUUUUACGCCAGAUCUUGCUCUUAUCUUAUCAGAGCAACAUGCUUGCAAUGUAACUACGAAUCUGCUGAAAAGUAAAUCCUCUUUUCCAAUGCUUCAUUUAGUUCCUCGGAUGUACUCGUCAUGAUCCCGCAAGCAGAAGCUAACAUCGUCUUUCCACAAUGGUAUGCGGGUAUCGGAGUAACUCUGCUACUCCUGCAGAUGGGGUUCAUGGGCGGCUGGCCAUCUCCAACACUAGCCCGUCUCUCAGCCGAGGAUUCGCCGAUUCCUCUGGACCCCGAGCAAGCCUCCUGGGUCGCUUCCAUCGUGAACCUCGGUCGGUUCUUUGGUGCCAUUCUGGGAUCCGUCAGCACCAGCUAUCUGGGUAGCAGGCGAUCUAUCCUCGUGACGCUGUUCCCGGUCGCCGCGGGUUGGCUUAUCACAGCCCUGGCCCACAGCGUCGAGUGGCUAUACGUCGCUCGUUUCUCUAGCGGAGUAGGCCUCGGAAUGGCCUUCAGCACAUUCCCCCUGUACAUCGGGGAGGUGUCGAUGCCGGAAAUACGAGGAGCUCUCAUAUCGAUGGCCACUACCGGCUCUCCAGUAGGUACUCUCGUCGCCAGUAUUGCCUGCUCCUACCUCGACCUCACCGCUUCGUCGUGCAUCUAUUUGGCUCUCUGCAUCAUGCUAAUGGUAAUGUUCUUCUGGCUGCCGGAAUCACCCCAUCACCUUCUGAAGGUUGGAGCCUGCGAUGCUGCUAGAAAAUCUAUUGAAUGGUACAGAGCUGGGAAUGGCGUAGAUAAGGAGUACGAUGCCGUCGAGAAGUUCGUGAGUACCGACAGCAAAGUCGGAUUCAUGGACAAAUUGCGAGAGUUCAAGACACCGCCCAUCAGAAAAGCAACUUUCCAAAUCAUCGCUCUGUACACGUUCAUGCAGAUCUGCGGUCUUAACAGUAUCGUAUUCUACAUGGAGACGAUCUUGAUGCGGGCCAAGUUCACCAUGAUAAGUCCAUCUCUGGCUGUGAUGCUCGUCAACCUUUGUGGCAUCUUCUCCGGAUCACUCUCCAUACUGUUGAUCGACAGAUUCGGCCGAAGAUUUUUGAUGAUCUUGUCCGGUACAGGUGUCACUAUCUCGAUGGGAAGCUUGUUUGCCUUCUUUCUUCUGUUGGAUUUGAAAAUAGACACCUCUUGCGUACAAUGGUUACCCGCCGCGGCUAUGUUCAGCUUCGUCAUUUCGUUCUGCGUUGGCAUGUUCCCGGUGCCCAGUGCCAUGUUGAGCGAAACAUUUCCUGCUAACAUCAAAUGCAUGGCAGCUUGUAUCGCUAGUUUGACAGGCGCUAUCAUGUCAUUUCUGUCCUCCAAAACUUUCCAGCCCAUGGUCGACGCUAUGGGCGAAACGUACGUGUUCUUGAUUUAUACCAUUUGUUCGUUCCUCGUCAUACCUUACUCUAUGUUCAUGAUGAUGGAGACAAAAGGUAAAAGUCUGCAGCAGAUUCAAGAUGAACUCACGAAGAAGUGAGAUUUAUAUUAACGUUUACGAAUCUUGAUCAGUUUGGCUCUUUUUAUACAAGUCACUGUUUACACUCGCUCGGCCACGCAUCUGUUUAUCUUUAUUGAAGCCGUAAAGCCCGUGAAAUCGUCUCGUUUAUAAGCUAUAGCUUUAAAAAUGUAUUUUAUAGUUAUUUAUUUUGUAGGCAUUUUAAUAGAAUUCGAAUAAUAAACUUUUUAUUUCCCAA